GUCAAAGUUUUGUUUGAACUUAUGUGAAGCGUAAUUUCUUAAUUAAAGCAAAAUAUAUAAGAUUUUCUUUAUCGUGUGUAAUUAAUUUAAGUUUUACAUAGACGUAAAUAUCCUUGUUUGUAAGAUAUUAAAUGAAAUUUUCUUGAACUGACUAUGUCUCGCGAUGUUUCUCGGAAGUCAGGUUACGACCGUGGUGGCGGUUGGGACCGAAAUUAUUACAGAAAUCAAAUGCAGAGGAAACGCAGUAGAAGCCCUCCCAGUAGGGAGGGUAAACGACGAAGCCGCACACCACAAAAACCUGAAAAGGAUAUAUUAGAUGAUAACAUUCUAAAUGAGAUAUCAAAACUGCCAGAACCUAAUGAAUUAUGGGAUAAUCAAUUUCAAGAAGGUUUCAGCGGAAAUGCACCACCGUCUUUUACACGAGAUGGUGGAAAUUAUCAACGCAACUAUCAGCCAUCAUAUCCUGUUAACUAUGAAAACUUUGGAGGUGGGAUGCCUCCAAUGCCACCUGGUUCCUCGGGAUGGAGUCAGCCUGCUUCUGCCCCACCUGCAUUCAACAAUGUUGAAGAGCAAAUCAAAAAGGAAGCGGCGAUAGAAUCGGAAAUGCGUCACCAAAAGGCAGCUCUGUCGAAACAACGCGAGGACUGCAUGAAGAAAGCGACCAUAUUGAAAAAGGAGCUGGAGACCUUGAAAGAGCAGAGAAGUGAACUGCACAGCGACUCCAAACGUUCACCAAGUCCUGACACCAAACGGUUUUUGAAAGAGAAUACAAAGUUACAGUUGGAGAUACAAAAUAAGUUGAAGACGAUCAACAAUGUAGUGGACAUGUUGAACGGUAUCAUCGGAGAAGAGGUGGACAAGAAUGAAGAGGAUAACUCGGGUGAACGCGGCUCAAGGAGAAAGUCCAGGUCGCCGUCGACUAAGAGGUUCAACUACGUGUACUACGAUCCGGAGAUGCAUUGGUGCCGCGUCUGCAAUGAGUUCCCCGCCACCGCUAAAGACUACCUCACACAUCUACAUUCGCCCACACACCACAAAAUGGCGUCUUCUCACAUGGAGGCGCCGUGGCACUCUGUGACUGGUAUGAACGAGGGCUUCCCCAACUACCCCUCCGCUCCAACCAAACGCACACCUAUUAGAGGUCUUCAGUUCUUCGUGCCGUCAACAGCGUGGUACUGCAAGUUGUGUGACCAGUUCAUUGGUGACUUGCACUGCGCAUCUGCACAUCUCAAGUCCAUCGUGCACUCUAAAAACUACACUAACUUUGUAGAACAGAACCCUCACUGGGAUACGGACUGGAUGUCUGAUAGACAGAAGGCCUUCGAGAAGAGCAGAGCCAAGUCCAAGGGGGAGGAGAAGCCGCCAUACGCUGCACACACCAUCACCUUCAGCAAGGACGGUUUCCACACAAAGAGGAAGGCCAGCCCCGACACAACGGACAAGAAACGGAAGAAGGACAGAAGGAAGAAGAAGAAGAACAAGAGGAAGAGGUCCAGCAGCGAGUCCAGCAGUUCCAGUAGUUCGGACAGUGAUGAUAAGAAACGUAAAAAAAAGAAAGAAAGCGUGAUAGACAAGAAUGCUCUGUCAGAAUGGAUGUCAUCUAUACCUGUCAACUUAGACAGGAAAUUGUUGGACAACUUGAAGUACAGAGUCGAAAAAGACCGACGCAAAUCUCCAUCCCGCGAAGGUCAAGAUCGUCACGGCGAGCGCAGGUCAGAGAACAGAAGAGAAGAUAGACAGGAGAGGAGAGAUGACAGAAGAAAUGAGAGACCGGAGAAGAGAGAUGAGAGGUCGGAGAGAAGAGACGACAGGACUGAGAGAAGAGAGGACAGAUCUGAGAGAAGAGAUGAAAGGAGAGAGGAGCCGGAUAGAAGAGAGGAAAGAACAGAGAGAAGAAAUGAGAAUCAGGAUACAAGGGAUAGUCAGUCGCGAUCAGCUCAGCAAGCAGAUGUGAAAAAGCCAGAAAUUAAGAAGAUGCCUUUUAUUGGAAAGAUGCCCGUCUUCAAAAACUUAUCGAAAACAGCAAAGAGUGAGGAACAGAAGAAAGAGGAAGAGAAGAAGAAGCAUGAACAAGAAGUCAUCAAGAAGAAGAGAGAGGAGAUGGACGCGGAGAUACAGAAAAAGGUGGCGAUAUUCAAGGAGAAGAUAGCGAAGGCGCAGCUCGAGAAGCAGCAGCAGGAGUUGGGGAUUGCGAUGCCACCGCUCGCCUUCCUGCCGCCCUCCUGCCCACCCUGCCCGCCCUGCCCGCAGCAGCUGCUGCCGCCGCCGAUCCCUCCGCCGCAGCCAGCCAACAACCUGCCCAAAGACUUCCAGGAGGCGCUGGACAUCAUCUUCCCCUCCAACGCGAAGCCAUCUGACCUGACGCAGCCGGAGCUGUUCAUGCCGGGCUUGCCCCCGCCCUUCGCGCCCAUGCCCUUCGCCCACCUGGGCCUAGUGCAGCCGCCCAUCACCCAGGUGUCGCCCAUGUCGCCCAUGAUGAUGGGCUUCGACCUCAACCAGCAGAUGUUCCAGCCCGCGCGACCACAACUCUACGACACGCAUGUACCCAUCGUGCCCGGACAACAGAAGAGUAACAAGAACGAGGGUCCGGAGACGAAGAAGACGGAAGGAAAGGAGAAGAACAAAGAGGAAUUGGAUGAGCUCGCGAUGCUCGGUAUUGAUGCGACUGAUGUCGGCGCCGGCAUGUAAACCUGACGCGUUUUCCAGAAAAUAUUUACACAAUUGUUUAGUUAGUAAAUUGUCAGAUGUCGUUUUACAAAAUAAUAUUAUUAUAUUAUUAAUACUUCAGAGUAUUUUCUUCACAAAUUAGUCGGAAUAUA